GCUCCCUCCCCGCACCGAAGCCCGGUCUUGUGGCAACCCCUGCAUCGCGCCGAGUCCCCCCUUGCCUGUCCUGCGCCCGCUUGCACUCCCUCUCUCUCCUCUCCUCCUCUUCUCCUCCUCCCCUCGUCCCCCAUCUGUCUUCUGUGCUUCCACUUGCAGCGCCUGCCCCGCAGCUCCUCUACCCUAUCUGCACCCCCCUGCACCCCCCCUCCCUCUCUCCCCCUCCCCGAACCAGCCAGCAAAUCACAGUCAGGAUGUCCUCCCCGCUGUUUGUCGCGGCGGAUGGCGCGGUCGCGGCGCCGAUGGUCGCCGACCCGGCGGCCGACGACGCGGCCAGCCCUUCGCCGGUGGACCGGCGCCUGUCCGGUGCGGCCCUAUCGCGGUCAACCGUCCGUGUGGAGAAUGUCGCGCCCAGCUCGGUAGAGCGACUGCACGAACUCUUCUCACACUUUGGGCUCAUUAUUCGAGUGGUGUGCGAGACGGACCGGGCGGCCGCGGCCGCGGCCACGGCCUCUGCCCUGGCCGCGGUGGCUGGCUCCUCGGCGCCCAUCCAGCUGCUGACCUUCCUCAUUCAGUUCGAUUCACCGGCCCCGGCCCUGGCGUCGCUGGCGCUGGACGGGGUUUCCUUCGGCGCGACGGUCCCCCUGCGGGUUUCCAUGGCUGACGAGAAUAUGCUGACCGAUCCCGGCAUGAUUGCCGAGGCGGUACGCCAGGCGCGCACCGCCGCGGCCCAUCAUUCGAUUGAUACCUUCCGAAACAUGUCGGCUGGCCCGAUGAUGACCAACCUCCCGCUGGGGGGCGGCAUGCUCCCCGGGAUGCCGGGGCUCCUGCCCGGUGCGGUGGGGGUCAUGGUCCCCGGGUUGCCGAUGGCCAACCCCCUGCUGGCGCGCACCCUUUACGUGUCCAAUGUCUCGCCACUGGCAUCGGAGUCCGAGUUGCAGGAUCUCUUUUCGCAGUUCGGUCAAAUUGCCGAGUUGCGUGUGUCUAACCCCCCGUCCGACAAUCCGGCUGGCAACAUCUACCUCCACAUCGAGUACGAGACUGCCUUCGCUGCGUCGGCUGCCAUGCAGCUGUCCGGCACUAUGAUCCACGACCGUGCUAUCAAGGUGUCCCCGGCGCGCAAGGCCAUCAACCGCCCGCGACGCACGGCCCCCCUGACCGGAGGCCACCCCCACCCGCACCCGCACCACUUGCAGCACCUGCCGCACCCGCAGCACUCGCCGCACCUGCAGCACCCGCAGCGUCUACGGAGCCGCUCGCGCAGCCCCUCACGCGGGCGCCCCACCCGUGGGGAUUACACUCGUCGGGGUCGCUCGCGCUCGCGCGAUUCGCACUAUCGGUCGUCCGGACGUCGGGACUCCGGUCGCCGAGAGAUGGACCGUUACGAGCGCGACAGCCGUGACCCCCGGCGGUAUGAGUCCUCGCGUGAGCUGGAGCGCGACCGUGAGCGCGACCGCCACUACGACCGCGAUCGUGAGCGCGACCGCGACCCCCGCGACCGCCAUCACGAUCGGGACCGUGAGCGCCAUCAUGACCGGGAUCGGGACCGUGAGCGCGAGCGCGACCGCGAGCGCGACCGCGACCGGGAGCGCGACCGCGAGCGUGAUCGUGACCGCGAGCGCCGGACCGACCGCUACGACCGCGGCAGCGGCGGCGGCGGCAGCAGCAGCAGCAGCAGCAGCAGCAGCCGCCACGACCGCGACCGCGAGCGCGAUCGCGACCGUGAGCGUGAUCGCGACUCCGAGUCUUCGGGCAGCAGCAGCCGCAGCCACCGGGAGUCGCGGUCGUCGCGGUCGUCGCGGCGCGACCGGUCUCGCAGCCGGUCCAGCGACCGGGCUGAGCGUGCGGCUGCCGAGGACGCCGGCCACAUGGACGAUGUGGGAGCCAGCAAGCAGCAGCAGCAUGCCGGCAUCAAGCGCGAGGGCGCGGAUGUGGCCUUCCCGGCUGCCUAAAGAAAAUCGGCCUCGCAUGUCGCCGACGCUGUGCCCUGACACACCUGCUUUCUCCUUUCCCCCUCUUUGUCCGCUCGCCCUUUCUCCCCGUGUCCCCCCUUUUCUGGAGAACGGGGGCCAGCCUCCUUUCCCCCAUCCUCUGCCCCCGCUUGGUAGUGUAGUUGCUUUCCUUUCCUCCCCCCUCCCCCGUGCACACGAGGCCCCUUCCCAUGUCCUUGCUCCGGCCGCAUGGACGCACGCUCGACCGUUGUGCGUGCAUGUGCGCAGGGCAGGACGGCGGUUCGGUCAUCUGGCAUUAAAAUACACAUUGGAAAUCCACCA